CACAUUCGUCCCACCAGUGCUUAGAAAUUAACAUAUCAGUGAUAACACGCUACCAAACGAGUGCACUUUCUACUUUUUCCUAACCGUGAAGUAGCUGACGGAUGAUAAGGAUCUCAACCGCGCACACCUCUACAUUCCCACCUCGAAAUCUCACCUGUCCAAUCAAAAACUGAUUUUCCAAGACAAGCGGGGCGUUGGACCGCAUGUGCGCUCACCGACAGGGCCAGUCGCGGCCCGUGUCACUGGCCGACGACGUCCUAAACUUGGAAGACAUUAACUUAUCCCCAGAUGAUACCAAUUUUGGCCUGAUUCUGUUGCAGUCGGUUGAAUCGAUAGAAGACGUGGGCGUGAAGGCCAGGGUAUACAACGACCUAAAAGAGAAGGUCAAGACCAUCAACACUCUGAAAAUGGAACUACAACACCUCAAGCAGGAGCAAUUCCUAUUGAACGAGCGGAACGCGUAUCAGAAAGUCGAACUCAAAAGACUAGCCAAUAUAAUACAGGCCAUAAAUGAGGCUUUGAAAGCGAGGGACAUCGAACUUCCCGAAGUUGAGGGAUGGACACCUCACGAUCCAGAGAACAGUCUCGGAGGAUUAGUACCACAAGCUACAGCAUUUGACAUCCGCAUAUCUCAGCACAUCAAGAGAGAUCAACAAAACAUCCCUCAGAGCAAAGCAGCCUAACAUGCCGUAAAGCCGCUUGUCUAACCUCCCAAAAACCAACCACGAUUUGAAUACGAAAUUAUAAACGAUAGUUUACUGAC